GAAAUAUCGGAGGAUGAAAGAAUUCAUCGAGUUAAACGUCAAUGUGGAUGCUGUUCAUGUUAUGGUUCCAGAACAUCUUCCUGCUCAUGCUCAUCAUUAUGUUCAUGUGCUCCUAAUAAUUAUGCAUCCGGUUAUGGUAAUAUAGGAUACGGUGGUAUUAAUUUCAAUACCGGAUAUGGUUUUGGUUUUAAUUCAGGAUAUCCAUACAGCAUCUAUGGUCUGUAUAAUCCAGCUAAUUAUGGUACUAAUUACAAUACUGGAAAUGGCUGUAGCUUUGGAGGAACAAUGUCAUCAACAGGUUGUGGUGGUACGGGUAAUAUGCUUCCGUAUAAUUUCGGUAGCAGUUACGGUGGUAAUUUUAUUACCGGUAAUACCGGUAAUGUUUAUCCACAGGUGACCGGUUGUUUGACAGGAUUUAAUAAUGGCUGCCGUUGUGAAAAUGGUUAUUCACCGUGUAGUAAUGGUGCUUCAUGUUGCAGGAAUAAUAUUAAUGGUUCGAUGAUACGUUAA